UUGCACUGGUGGGUGGAGAGAAGUGCCUGCAGCCAACCAGGGUCAGGCUGUGCUCACAGUUUCCUCCGGCAGCAUGUAAAGGCUCCACAAAGGAGUGGGGAGUUCAAAUGAGGCUGCUGCAGACGGCCUGAGGAUGGACCCCGAGCCCUGAGCCGCCCUGCCCGAGCCCCGGAUCUGCAGAGCAUGGCACUGAGGCAGCCGCUGGCCCCCGCCGUGAAAGGAGGCAGGUUGUAAGUGGCCCCCCGCAGGACCCCCGCCCCCGGCCAGCCCCCGCCCCAUCAUCCCUGGCCCAAGCCCGGCCGCGGAGCAGAGCAGAGCAAGCAGAGGCCAGUGAGGCAGGGCUGCUCGGCGGCCAGUCCGGCCUGCGACUCGGGGACCCCUCCUGGAGGCCAUGGACAGGCUGCCCUUCUGACGGCUGGGGUAAAGCAUGUGAGGAGCUGCCCCGGGGAGCCAAGCAGGAGUGAAGAGGAUCACUCUGGCUGCUGGGUUGAAGAUAAACUGCAAGAAGCAAGGGCAGGGGCAGGUCCAGCAGCAGACCAGGUCGGCCCAGGUUUUCACAGGCUCCGUUCGCCAAGGGGAACCACCAUUUUGCAAGGACCAUGAGGCCGCUGUGCAUGACAUACUGGUGGCUGGGACUGCUGGCUGCCGUGGGGGCAGCGGCAGGCCAGAAGGAAGGCUUGGAGGGCGCCGAGGAGGGCUCGCCCGGCGAGUUCAUUUACCUGAACAGGUACAAGCGGGCCGGCGAGUCUUCGGACAAGUGCACCUACACCUUCAUCGUGCCCCAGCAGCGGGUCACGGGCGCCAUCUGCGUCAACUCCAAGGAGCCCGAGGUGCUCCUGGAGAACCGGGUGCACAAGCAGGAGCUGGAGCUGCUCAACAGCGAGCUGCUCAAGCAGAAGCGGCAGAUUGAGACACUGCAGCAGCUGGUGGAGGUGGACGGCGGCAUCGUGAGCGAGGUGAAGCUGCUGCGCAAGGAGAGCCGCAACAUGAACUCGCGGGUCACGCAGCUCUACAUGCAGCUCCUGCACGAGAUCAUCCGCAAGCGGGACAACGCGCUGGAGCUCUCCCAGCUGGAGAACAGGAUCCUCAACCAGACGGCCGACAUGCUGCAGCUGGCCAGCAAGUACAAGGACCUGGAGCACAAGUACCAGCACCUGGCCACGCUGGCCCACAACCAGUCCGAGAUCAUCGCGCAGCUCGAGGAGCACUGCCAGCGGGUGCCCGCGGCCAGGCCCAUGCCCCAGCCGCCCCCCGUCACCCCACCCCGGGUCUACCAGCCGUCCCCCUACAAUCGCAUCAUCAACCAGAUCUCUACCAACGAGAUCCAGAGCGACCAGAACCUGAAGGUGCUGCCUCCCCCCCUGCCCACCAUGCCUACCCUCACCAGCCUCCCGUCCUCCACAGACAAGCCGUCGGGCCCGUGGAGAGACUGUUUGCAGGCCUUGGAGGAUGGCCACGACACCAGCUCCAUCUACCUGGUGAAGCCAGAGAACACCAACCGCCUCAUGCAGGUGUGGUGUGACCAGAGGCACGACCCUGGGGGCUGGACCGUCAUCCAGAGGCGCCUGGACGGCUCUGUCAACUUCUUCAGGAACUGGGAGACAUACAAGCAAGGGUUUGGGAACAUCGAUGGCGAGUACUGGCUAGGCCUGGAGAACAUCUACUGGCUGACGAACCAAGGCAACUACAAACUGCUGGUGACCAUGGAGGACUGGUCUGGCCGCAAAGUCUUUGCAGAAUAUGCCAGCUUCCGCCUGGAGCCCGAGAGCGAGUAUUACAAGCUGAGGCUGGGGCGCUACCAUGGCAAUGCUGGUGACUCCUUUACUUGGCAUAACGGCAAGCAGUUCACCACCCUGGACAGAGACCAUGACGUCUACACAGGAAACUGUGCCCACUACCAGAAGGGAGGCUGGUGGUAUAAUGCCUGUGCCCACUCCAACCUCAACGGGGUCUGGUACCGUGGGGGCCAUUACCGGAGCCGCUACCAGGAUGGAGUCUACUGGGCUGAGUUCCGAGGAGGGUCCUACUCGCUCAAGAAAGUGGUGAUGAUGAUCCGGCCCAACCCCAACACCUUCCACUAAGCCAGCUCCCUCCUGACCUCUCACGGCCAUUGCCAGGAGCCUGACCCGGCCAUGCUGGCCCCGGCACUAGGAACAACUCCCCGCCAGUUCACCUUGGGGCCGGGAGGAUGGGGCCGCCGGAUUCUGUUUACCCGAUCGCUGCGGCAGAUGAUGGAAUGGAAUCAAUACAGUAUUCUCUGUCCCUACUGCUUUUCUUCACAUCAGACAGACCCUCGUGUUUCCACACAGGACAGAACUACAGACAAGUCCUUCUUUAAAUACAUUAAAUCCCUACAAUAAAAACCCAACUGCAAAAUACCUUCGUAAUAUACAUACGCAUGAGCUGAGCUUAUGCACAUGUGUGUACACCACACAUAUAUGCAUUUAGAUACAUACCACGUGUACUAUAUCUAGACACGUAUAUAGGUUUGGUUAUAUACCUAAAUGCACAGACAUUCAAUUCUCAGAUGUUGAAGUUGUUACCAACAGCUUUGCUCUUCGGCGAAAAGCACUGCAUUCACAUGGUGUUACUCGAAUCUGAGAGCAGAUCACAGACUAUGUAGCUCUAAUUCAAAGAAUAACCCUUGGUGUCCACGUGCCUGAAUUUUUCCAGGAGUGUCUACAUGCGAUUCACUCACAUAGGGGUUCCCUACUUCCUCGCUAAAGAACCCUUUGGGCACCUGAUCAAAUUUCAACAUCCCCUUCCCUCUCCAUUUCUAUACCUUCCCCCAUUCUCAGGACUUUUUCUCCAUCCAUCCAUCCAUCCAACCAUCCAUCCAUCCACUUAUUCAUCCAAUACCAUUCAGGAAGUACCUUCUGUACCAGUCGUUGGCCACUCACUGAGGUUCCAGGCACCUUCUCUGCUCUUCUCUACCCUUCAUACCCACUCCUUACCUUUUCUGUCAUAUCAUCCUUUCUUUCCAGGCAAGCCUCUGAGUAGGAGACAGUUUGGGCUCCAGGUUUCUGGUCAGGAAAGGGAAGGCCAGGCCCCAAAGCUAACUCCCGGCCACGUAGAUGAUGUACUCGCAGUUUUGUAUGUUCCGUUCACACUUUAGCCUACAUGUCAUUUUAACCAUCACAGAAAUAAUAACCUACCUUGCCCAGGAGAUACUCAAGUGAAGAGAAGUCAUCCCCCGAUCAUUGGGGCCCCCGAAUGGCUACAGACCAAAGGUCCCGUGCUCUCAGGCUGACUAGAGUCCGCAUCUCGUCCCCAAACUACACUUCUCUGGAGUACAGGUGCCACAAAAAUGACAACUGGCCGCUUCUCAUGAGCUCCUGAAUAACCAGGAGCCACCGGACCCCUUGGCUGGUGCGUUGCAGCGUGGUGGCUUUCUGAGUCCUGUUGGCCGCGAAGUGUCAGACUCAGUACUACCGGGACUCUUGCCAAGCAGGGAGCAAGAGAGGAGUCAGGAAGGUGAGACCGUCCCCGGUGGGCGUGUGAAUGGGGGUGUGUGAGAUGUUGGAACGUUUGGUACUGUCCAUGUCUGGGUGUGUGCCUAUUACCUCAGCAUUCCCACAAAGUGUACCAUGUAGCAUGUUUUGUGUAUAUAAAAGGGAGGGUUUUUUUUAAUAUAUUCCCAGAUUAUCCUUGUAAUGACACAAACCUGCAAUAAAAGCCAUCAGUGCUAUUUG